GUGUAUUUAGUGGCACCUUUAGGCAGUGAAGAUGUCACUGCGUGAUCGUGAGCUGCUCAUGGGGUAUGGCGGCGUGGGAAAGGUCCGAUCAGCGAGGCGACUCGCUUGUGCCAGGACUGCACCUGAGUCUCCUCCCUCCUUCAUCUGGGACACGCGUUUCCUGCCUUUGCUUCCGCUGUCGCCUGAUGUCGCUUCGAUCAGGGUCGGAAUGAGCCUGAGGUUUCAGAAUCUGAAUCCUGAUCGGACCCCACACUGGAUCCCUGCCCUGCUGCUCUUCCCCUUGUUGCUACUUCCAGGUGCUGCUUCUAUCAAAAUUACUUUGCCAUCAAAGGUCAGAGGCUUCAUUGGAGAGGACAUAGAACUGAAUUGUAAAUUCAAGACGUCUUCUCCCAUCACAGAGCGUCUGACAGUGAAUUGGUCUUUCCGACCAGCAAGUGGCGGAUCAAAGCAUGGUAUACUCUACUAUCACUCUGCAGCCUUCCCUGCACAGAACACUCCGCUGAAGGGCCGGGUCCUGUGGAACGGGGACCUCAGAAAUGGCAACGCUUCAAUCAUUGUGAAGAACCUGACGCUGGGUGACAAUGGGACGUUCAGCUGCGUGGUGCAGAACCCACCGGAUGUCAGCAGUUCGGUGCCGACGACUGAACUCACCGUCACCAAGAAAGAGCUCCCUUUCCGUCUGAGUGUGGUGGUCAUGCUGCUGCUGCUGGUGGUGGUGCCCACUGUGCUGGUGGUCACCGUGCUCCUGGUGUGGACGGGCAAGAGAUUUGAUUUCUGCGGACCCACGACCACCAAGUCAUCGAUUGAGGUGGUGGAAGGAGCUGGUGACGCUUCUGAAAAUGGUUUAAGGAACAGCUUUUGCAUGCGUUGUUUGCAGGAUUCAGAUGACGAAGAUGAGGAUUUCCAUCAAUUUUAUCCCAUGUCAGAAUCGGUGACAUAGCCUGCAGUGUCUCGGGCACCGUGGCGGAAUCAUUAGGAAGGCUUGCUGGGUGUUCCCUGAUCAGUGUCAGGGAGGGAGUAGUUUAUCUGUCACCACUUCAGCUAAUGCAUGAGUGGGGGUGGGAUUGGGUCUCAAAACAUAUUACCUUCUUCCUUGCUCGCACUGGUAAAAGGGAUGAAUAAAUCUGUAUAUCUUUUAAAUUAUGGGCUGGAUAAAGUCACAGUGAGAUAGUUUUCUAGAUGGCAGUUAUUUCCAGUAUUUAAACAUUAUAAAAAGGAAACUGCAAAUAACAGUAGAACACUAAUUAUCCCUUAUAUACAGGGUGCACUGUACAACCCAGUGAGGUUCUGGCUGUCGUUACUGCUAUCUCUCUCCAGUGAUCUACCCUUGCUACCUAACACCCUGGAUGGAUGUUAAUUAGCGACCUUUGCAAGGCCAACUCAUGAGCUUUGCAUUGUAUAGUACAGGAGUUCCUAACCUGGGGUCCACGGACCUUUCGGUUAAUGGUAGGGGUUGAGAACUUUGGUGGGUGGGCAUCAUAGGAAUGGCUCUGAAAUCUAUUGUUGUCUGUUGAGAAUAUUCUCAACAGAUGAGCCUACUCACCUCGUUGAGGGAGAGAAUUCCAGAGAUUCAUGGACAUGCCCUUAUUCUGGGAUGGUGCCCCUGGUUCCAGACUGGCAACCCAGUGGAUAUAUCCAUCCAUUGACCCUGUAGAAUCGUUUCAUUGAUCAGCAGCGCCAUCAGCAGGCGUUUAGUGGAACUGUAGUUAAUCCCUGAUUCUGAACUCCCCACCUCAUCACCAACUCGAUAAAAAACAAUCUGCAGAUGUUGGAAAUUCUCAGCACAUCAGGUCACAAAUGUGGGAAGAGAAAUAAAGUGAACAGUUUGAAUUGAAGAUACUUCCUCUUACAGAUCCUUCUGACUUCUCUGCUCCCUGACUACCCCUCUUUUCCCAGCCAAUCCCAAUUUAAGGAGCCCACCAAUUGUGAGAUAAAGCUUCAGCCGACAGGAACUUAAGAAACAAAAGCAGGAACCGAUCAAACAUUCUCGGAGACCAUGGCUGAUCCUGGGAGUGGCAUCUUUUUGAUUUUUAGUUUUGGAUGAGUUUGGACAUGUUUCCUUUUUUACUGGGGCAGCAUGGUAGUUUAAUAGCUAGCGUAACACUGUUUGGUGCCAGCAAAUGGGGUUCAAUUCCUACCGUUGUCUGUAAGGAGUUUGUACGCUCUCCGCAUGACCAUGCGGGUUUCCUCCGGGUGCUCCAGUUUCCUCCCACACUCCAAAUACGUAUGGAUUAGUAACGGUUAGCCCCCAGCACAAUCCUCAGACUGUGUUAAUCAUUGACACAUUUCACUGGAUGUUCUGAUGUUUCAAUGUACACACGAGAAAUAAUAAGACCGUGAGAUCAUAAGACAUAGGAGCAGAAUUAGGCCAUUUGGUCCAUCGAGUCCUCUCUGCCAUUUCAUCAUGGCUGAUCCUGGAUCCCAUUCAACCCCAUACACCUGCCCUCUCACCAUAUCCCUUAAUGCCCCAACCAAUCAGGAAUCUUUCAGCUUCUGCUUUAAACUGGACUUGGCCUCCACCGCAGUCUGUGGCAGAGCAUUCCACAGACAACCACUCUUCUGCUAAAAAAAAAUCCCUCCUUCCUUCUGUUCUAAAAGGUCGUCCCUCAAUUUUGAGGCUGUGCCCCCUAGUUCUGGAUACCCCCACCAUAGGAGACAUCCUCUCCACAUCCAUCCUAUCUAGUCCUUACAACAUUCGGUAGGUUUCAAUGAGACUACCCCGCAUUCUUAUAAAUUCCAGUGACUACAGGCCCAAAGCUGCCAUACUUUUCUUAUGCUAAUCCUUUUAUUCUUAUUAGUUCCAGCAAAAUCACCUAUUUUCAAUUAUUAUGUGGUGUCAUUUUUGAAAAGAGUACAAAUUUGGUCUGAUAACAUAAUGAAACUGGAGUAACUUUAAGUCAUGACAGCCGUGGUAUUCCUCUACACUGACUCUACAAACUAUUUGGUCAGAUUCUUUUAAGAUUUGAAGUCUACUUAGCCUAGUCAAUGGAGGAAUAUGUAGGUGGGGCCCCUGCCACGGUGGUAAGCCAUGCUUUUAAGGAGGCGGGGAUUUCCUCAUACAUGCUGGGUCUUUAUUCAGACAUGAAUGGGCAUUGAGUCAAGCCUGCUUCACAAUUAGUCGAGAAAGGGUUUUAACACUGGAAAUGUUCCAUUGCACCACAAUGGCUGGUUGCUUGUGCAGAGACUGUGAAUUGCCUGGACGAUUACUGCGGCUGUUCGUGAAGUCUCUGCUGGAUAUCACAGCCUCACAAUCAUCGUCUUGAAUUUGUACCCUGUAACUCUACACACCGGAUUUCUUCCACCCGUUCUGCUGGUAUAUUUACACUUCCAUCCAUCCUACAGCGAAAUAAAACCUUGUUUUGAAAAUUGCAUUCAACGCAAUUUUCAGUACAAAAUGUAUACUUUGUACAAUAUUUUUGUACUUCAAGUUACAUUUAUUAUCAAAGUAUGUAAGCUGUAUACAACCUUGAGACUUGCCUCCCCUUACAGGCAGCCACUAAACCCAAUAGAACCCAUUUAAAAAAAGAAUUUUUCCCAAUUUUAACAGUGGGGGAAAAAAUUGUGUAUUUUGAAGUAGAACUGAAAAAAAAAUCAAUAUGGUGAUCCACUAUUUAGCGAGUGAGUUGGCACCUGGUUUUAUCACUUUAGGACAAUGGCCUCACAUCAGAACUGAUGAGCUGAUUAGGGACUGUAAUGGGCUAAGUAACAAAUCUCGUGUCUACAGCAGAGGAGACCGUAGAUGGUGUUUUGCCUUCCCUGUCUUUACACUUGGUCAAACACAACAUUGGGGGAACUCAGCAGGUCAGGAAGCAUCUGUAGAGGGAAAUGAACAGUCAAUAUUUCAGGUCUAAGCCAUCCGUAAAAGCAUCAUUGUACUGGAAAGAGUACAAAGAAGGGGACGGAGUUAUAGGGAGAGGUCGGGCAGUUUAUGACUUUAAGAGUUAAAGGUGGUGAUGUUACAGAUGUAUAAUAUCAUGUGGGGUGUAAAUAGAGUGAAUGCAUAGCCUUUUCCCCAUAUAAAAAAAUCCCUCCUUAAAAGCUAGAGAGCAUGGGUCUAUUAACAAGCAACUUCUACCUUCACACAGAGGAUGGUGCGUAUUGGAACGAGCUGCCAGAGCACGUGUUUGAGGCAGGGACAAUAACAAUAUUUAGAAGGCACUUCACAAAGUACAUGGAUAGGAGGAGUUCAGAAAGAUAAAUCGGGUAAAUGGGACUAGUUUGGGACUAGAACCAUGGUCAGAAUGGAGGAGUAGGGCUGAACAGCCUGUUUCCAUGCUGUGUUACUCUAUAACAUCUUUGGAAAGGCCUCGACCUGAAAUACUGACUCUACAUUUCCCUCGACAGAUGCUGCCUCACCUGCCGAGUGUGUCUAAGGCAGGGGCUCCCAACCUGGAGUUACAGAGCCUGUGCUUAAUGCUAUUGGUCCAUGGCAUAAAAAAAAGGUUGGGAACCCUUGGUCAAAGGGAUGAGUAAAUGGAAACUACAAAAUUAUUGUCAAAAAUUCUGGUUUCUCUUUCUCUUCCCCUUCCCCUUCCCCUUCCCCUGCCUCUGUACUUGGUCAAAGACUGUUGCAUUGCUCACUUUUCAUGAAAGUGCAUUAACUUGAAGCGUUGACUUUGCUUUUCUCACUACAGAUGCUGCCUGGCCUGCUGAGUAUUCCUGACUACUAUACCCAGCAUUGCUCUAGUUAUUUUGGUGGCAAUCAUGAUGUUUGCAUUUAUUUCCCUGUAACUGUAUUUUAUAAUACUUCUGGAAAUGAAAUAAAGUAUAUGACUAAUGCAUAAAUAAUAUGAUUAGGCGGUUAUAAUUAUGUAGUUUAACUUAAGCUACCAAUAAAAAAAUACAAAUUG